AUGUCUGGAGAUAACCAGGGGGAGAAUCAACAAGAGAUGGGAGGUGACGAUGGAGAACAACCAAUGGAGGUAGAUGAAGUGCCUUCGAUUCCCGAGCAAGAAUUCGGGCAAAACAUGGAACACAUAGAGAUGCUUCGCAGGUUGCCAGUUCGACCUGAGCCACCAGUUUUCCCAGGUGGCUUCGUCAACUAUAAUCCGAUUCCACCAUUCAUGGAGAACGAUCCUGUACUGUAUGGAGAGAUUCGAGGACACCUUAAUGCACUGAACGCACGAGAAGGACCCAUGCACAACUUUCUGUUUGACCCACCACCGCCCAAUGAGCUCAUUCAUCCCGAACAUUGGGUACCAAUGGAACAAAUUCAAAUGGAUCAAGGCGGCUUUGUUUUCGGACAUGCCAGCGACACUGAUUCGUCGGGUAUCGGAACGGAUGAGGAGGCUGAAGCGUCUGAUAAUGACGAUCAGGAUGGAGAUCUGUUUCGCAACAACAGACUCCGUCGAAGACAUUGA